AUGAUUAUCUCCAAGUGUCGUCAUUUGCUAACGCAUGAUUUUUGUUUAAAAAUAUACCGCGGGCUGACAGUUAAGAUAUUUCACCUGAAAGCUAUAAAAUAUGUGUUACUGUUGUUACAAAUAAGCGGGUACCUCCUGAUUUUGGUUCAAACUUGCAUGUUCUUCUAUAAAUUUGAUUUCGAUUACUUUACCCAGUAUGGAACAUUUUACACUUUCUUAUUAUACGUGUUGCUGGUUUUCAAAUGUUUACCCUAUGUUCUACUAGAUCUAGUAGAGUUCACGGAAAAGGAAAUCGAUUCGUGGAAUGUGAAAGACGACGUGUCUCCAAAAGUUACAGAGAAAAUUACACGAGACGUACAUUACGGGUUAUCUUAUCUGAGUUUCGGUGUAAUUUUAAGUUUUAUGACGGGGAUAAUGCUUGCAGCAACAACAGAUAUUGACGACGAUUUUUUAUAUGACAAAGAGCUCAUAACAUAUUUAUUUAAGUGGAAGGUUACCACUGUUAUGGUUUGUUUAAUUCGAUAUUUUUUCUGCUUUGUGCCUUACCCCACUACAAUAUCACCAUGCUAUCAACUGAUUUACUGGUUCAUCCGAGUUAAAUUGGCAAUAUAUAUAAUAAUAGACAGAAUGGAAAGAGUAAAUAGUGGAUAUGAAAACCAACAACAAUCAAAACUGGACGAAGUUUAUCACAAAACUGUGUCAGAAAGACUUAAAUGGAUCAUAGAUUUACACGUCAAGACCUGUGUACUAAUACGCUAUAUCGAAGGAAAAACAAAGGUUUUGAUGUUUCCUUUUAAAAUCUGUGCCACUUUAGCUCUUAUUAGUUUUGUUGCUUGCUACUUCUCGCUUGAAAGUAAGCCGAUUAAAGAGUAUAUUUUAUUGUCUAUACUUUUCACUAAUACACUCUUCACACUAUUUUUACUUACAUCAUAUGGGCAAUAUAUCGAAGACUUGUCGCAGGACAUUUUUGAUACUUCUGCACGUGUUAAAUGGUACCACUGGAAUCAUUCCAACAAAAAAAAUUACCUUAUAUAUCUUACGAACGCCCAGAAACCGUUUAAAUUCAACUACACUGAAAAUAUCUCAGUUAAUUAUCAGUUGGCAGUUGAUGCUGUAAGAAACUUGAUAUCUGCUUUGACGUUUGUCGUUCAGAUUAAAAUCGCAAGAGGUGAACUAGUUUAAUUAAUAUAGCAGUAUUUACUUUUCACAAAUAUCGAAAUAAUAAAAAUACCAUUUGUUAAGCACAUUUGUACUUUAAUGUAAUACACGUUACUUGCAUGAACUCACACAGUGUGCACAUGAUAUUUAGUUCCAAUAGCAUAUUUAAAUUGUUUUGACUAUUUCCUUUAAAAAAUCUAAUUCACUUCAACUUUUGCCAUAUCUGAAUUUGAAAAAAUAACAUAUAAAAAUUUAAGAUGAAUUUAUGUUUUAGGGAUCUGAACAUUUAUCAAAUGAACCGAAAAUAUAACUCUAUAGUUAACUUCUGACUUUCCCAUUUGACAGGUUGAGGAAAUUGCCGCCUUGUCAUUUUAAAUCAUCAUGCUGAAGUGCUUUAGAUUUAAAUUUUGAGUUGCGUUUGCGAAAACCAUUUACAUGACAAAAAUUUGUUACAAGUCGAUCACUGAAGAUUGGCUCCAGUUUAAAGCAUACAGAAAUUUCCACUUUAUUUUUCCUUACUACAUUUCUUAAACUCCAUAACGUCCAUCCGGAGAUCUUAUUUUGAAUUACCGGACGUCUAUAAAAUAAUUCUUAGAUUUUUAAUAAAUAAAUAUAAAAGCAAUGAUAAAUCACAAGUAGACUCAUCGUAUUUUGCACAUUUUCAAUACGAUCUUUUCGGUAAAAUUUUGAAAUGAUUUUUUGAGAGAAUAUACAGAAACAAGUUCCAAUUAUAGGACAAAAAUACAUAAAUAAAUAAAUAUACAUUCUAAUACUAAUUCUAAUACAGAUGACAAAUUAUACUAGAAUGAAGUUAGAAUUCUAUGAAGCAAUAAACGGCAAAAAUUAAGAAGCCAUAAAUAACCAAAGACAUAUAUGUAUAUGCAUGUGCCUUUCAAUAACAUAACCACUCUUACCAGACAAUCAUGACUAACUAACAGUAAUACUCACUCCAACUAAGAAAAUCGCUCACUAAUACAAAGUUUAAAUUGAUUUAUUAGUCUACAAGAAAAUAAAUCACAAUCGCAAUAUCUUUUCAAAAUACUUAAAUAAAAAUGUAUCCCUUUCCUACCUAUGUUCGUGUGAAGAGAUUUAGUAUAUAAAGAACUAGAGUGUCUGUUAUUUAUUCUAGGUACAUGAAAAUUGACAAGAGCAAGAAUGUCACUAUUAUUAAUUAUGUUAUGUAUAAUUUUCUAAAUAAAUAUUAGUGCAUUAGCCACACGUCUAGAAUGUAGGGUACUAAAUUUGUAUCUUUUCAAUAACUCAAAAUCAGAAUAGUUUCUGUAAGGCCAACUUCCUUCUUCUUUAAAGUACAAAAAUUUUAAGAAUCUCCGCUGUACAUUUUCAAUUUGAUGCAUCUGAUUAUAAUAAUAAGGAAACCAUGCCAGGGAGCAAUACUGUAACCUAAGUAGAUCUCACAAGCACAUUAUAGAGUACCGUUAAAGUAGAAAUGUUAUUAAAAUCCUUGCAGUUCCUAAGCAUAAAUCGUAAAAUUUUCCCCGCACUCAGCACGAUAUUAUUCACAUGUUCUCUAAAACUAUACUCGGAAUCAUAGUACACACCCAGAUCCUCUACAGGUCGUAGUUUUUGAAGAGGAUAGUUCUCAACAUAGUAAAUAUAUUGACAGAGAUUUUGACAUAAAGAAUACGUAACCACAACGUACUCUUUAUGUCUCUUUGUAUGUUUUAUGUUAUAAAUCAAUACAAAUAUUUGAAUAUCAUAAAUUUAAACACACAAAGAAAAAGCAAAUCGUCAUUAAAGUUACUAAAUGAAAAUACUCAAGUUUUUACAAAGACGUGGCAAGAAAUUUAAAUAUGAACACAAAUCAAAGACUAUGCAGAGAGUUCAAAUCACAAAUGACUGCCAGUGUUACAUUAUAUUGGGGGAUUCACGGGCUUUCCUCGCUGACUGUUUUUUAUCAUAAAGAAAAAGUUUGCCAUUAAACUACCUUCACCACAAAUUCGUGAUAUAAUUGUAGAUGUGGUCUUGCAACUUGCAAUUAAUUAACCAUGUUGCAGUAAAAUUUAGAAAUUCAGGCGAUGUUAUGCUAAUAAGUUAUUUUUCCGUGUUUUAUUUUUUUUUUUUAGGAAAUAGUCUACCAGUAGUUAGUUCUUCUUUCACGCACUCCAGAAAAUAUUGUAAAUUGUAUCAUAUCAAUCACCGGUAUUCAGAUAUCAUAAGUAAGGUCAAAGGAAACUGUUAGCUCGAGCAUGGCCAACUCCAUUCACACUUCGCUUCGCUUGUAUGAAGCGCAGCAAAAGUAGAUUGAGUUGGCCAUGGCUAACCGAAGAACUGUCGACAUCAAUCGUUUAAAAUUACAAGCCUAUUUUAAAGAAACCUCAAUGAGGUACAGUUUCGGCCAGGAAACUUUUGAGCAGUAUUUGAAAAAAAACACGAUGUAGUCUAUGCUUUAUUGUCCUAAUGAUUGACACUUUUAAAAAAUAAAUUUUGACGUACGUCAUCAUCCACAUUCCAGUCUACGUCAAAAUGGCAUACAUGGCCAAUUUGAAGUUAUAAGUACGUAAAGCCUGUUUUAGAGCUUAUGUCACUGGAAUGACAGAACUGUCCAAGAUUUUGUGGCCGAAACUGUACGAACUACUUGACAAAGGACAUUGUGAGAAAAGUACAAUUCAUGUGAGUAGAUUUUAUUUAGGUGGCAUUUAGUGUUUUUUUUUAAAAGAAAAUAGGAUUGUCCUUACUAUCUGUGUUUUUUGCUGGCAGAUAUUUUUUUGCCAUUCAAGCGACCAGCCUGUAUACUGGUCAUUAGGUUGACAAUUUCGACAUUGGUAUCAAGCAUCGGUUCAAGACAUUACUAUUAUCCUACUAUCUCUGUCUAGCACAUAGGUUAAGUUUCUCUUUUUCCACUUUAGAGAUCAGGUAUACUUGUCACAAAAAAAUUGUACCCUUGUAACAUUUUAAAAUCCAUUGCUACAAUUUAAAUAACAGUAGUCCAACCAUAAAUGUGAGAGAAACCGUUUGCACACUGUGUAGGGUGACACAUGCCCGCUUUGUAGAAACGUAAGUUUCAGGCUAGCAUGCCCAUCCAUGUGUGAUGGAUUUGCAAUACUGGGUCUGGGACUUAUACUUAAUGUUAGAAUCGUAAAACUUACGAAAUUUUUGCGACAAGUAUAAACUGCCGUAACUUAAAAUGUAAUAUUAGAUCUAGUCACUUUAAUUACAAUUUUUUAUGAAACACCGUUGACUUACAGGCCAAAGCCUAAUGUUAA